UCACCUUUGUAGUUUAAACACAAUGAGCUAGUCCAGCCCCUAGCUUAGCAGAGGAUCAUACCAAGUGCAGUCAGAGGGGUGAUGUGGGGGUAGUGGUCCUGAAUGGAUGCUAAUGUACGUGACGUACACCGAAUCUGUAGGGGAGCAGGUGUCAGUGUCACGUGAUUCCCGCCAAUGUGGGGCAGGAGACCGUUAGAGGCUGAUCCGUUACACCAGUGAAAACCGGUAGAAGGGUGUAUUUGUGUAUAAAUACCCCAGCGGUUAUUUUUAAGCAGGUCCUAUUAGGGGGGCGGCGUUGGUGACUCAGGGAAUGGUCGGUGGUCAUCUCUUUCCCAAUGAAUACAGACAGCGGCUUCUUCCCUCGGGGUCCGACAUCCAGCUCCGCCGGUUUGGAGACGAAGACUUGUCCCGUCUCGGAAGAUCUGAGAAACGUCCAUCAGAGCGGCUCCAAUGCAAUUCUCAAAGUGAAACGGAGGAAGACGAAGAGGGAGAGAAAUAAUGCCAAGUUUCAUAAAUCAGAGGCAGAAAAGUUUCCCAAAAUGGCGUCUCGAUAUUUUCUACAAAAGCAGAAUUCUGCUUUUCACUCUUUUUGCCUCGGAACGGUCCAGCCGGCCGCCAUAACAGGUGCGUGCAGCAACUCCAACCCUGUGAUCAUAACCCAGAACCGGCUCAGCCAGCACCUGGGCAUGUUCAACCGAGAGGUCAAGUCUGUCGACAUUGGGAGACUCCUGAGUCAGGACCAGAAAGAUAAGGUUGAUGGAGACAUUAAUGAAAGCACAGCAGAUGUGGAGAAGAACAUCGACCCGGGGAGCAUGGCUGUGGACCCCAACAACACACCAAGAAUAGAAUCCCAGGAAAACCUUGGGAAUGCGUCUCCAAAACUCAUGGGGUCGGAAACAAAGACCCAGGUCAUGGAACCUUCUUCAGACCUUCCGCAGACUAAAGACCAGGAAGACUGUAUAUUGUGCGGAGAGGACAGUAGUGUCCAUCGCCCCACCACUCCAGCCAGCAGCGGAGCCACGACUCGCACGGCGGACAAGCAGGACAUCCCUGUCCAGGAGGUAGCUGAGAUGAUCAUCAAGACCCUCAACCCCCAGGUACUAUUCCCGGGCCGGGACCUACUGAACGAAACACGGAAGUCCAUAAUGGAAAAGGUGAUGCAGUACAGGACCUCCAAUACAUCAGCGAGGAGGAGGCUGGAUUAUAGCAGCACAGUUAAUGUCGAUAUCUGUGACGGUUCAGACUGGGGACGGAUCUUCGAAGAAGGAACGGAAGACAGGAGUAGCGGAGCGGAUCCGCAGAUCACAAAACCCGCAGAGCCAAAAACCUCCACCCCGUUCUUAUCACCCUCUGGAGACAACGCCUCUCAUACAAUCAUAAAGCGGGCCUCUGAUGCUCCUUCUCAUAAGAAACCCACAGAGCUCUUCCACCAGCCGAUAACCUUCUCUCCUGAUUUUGACCGCCAGGGCUUGAAUCGGUGCCGGCAUAUGUAUGAUGCCGAAAGCCCACGCAUGUCCACAUGGCCGAGGGCCGAGCCCGAGCUGGCGUUUGACAACAGGAGCAGAUUGCAAAGGGACACAGAGAGCUUCCUGAAAUCAAUGAGGCAAAGAAAGAUCCUCGAUUCUCACGGAACCGCCGGAAGACCCCAAGAGUGGAAACGCACGCAGGACGAUUUCCAAAUAUCGGCGCCCCACGCGACGUGUAGUCAUCGGCACGGCAGCAGAAACCACUCGAGCCCAAACCUUUGGGAGUUCCCUGUUGGAGUACCCUUACAGGAGAUCUUCCCUAAUCCCGAGGCACAAGCAGGGCUAAAAAUCAGACAUGGGUCUGGUGGAGAAAACCAGACUGCGUAUGAUGUUCUGAGCAGUAUCUGGAGUCACGAUAUCGACAGAAGUCCUCUUUCACAGAUACCCGCCAAUUUCCCAGAUGUUUCCCCCAAACAGACGAGGCUUUGUUACGGUGAUCGGGGUCGGCAGAGGGUGCGCUCUGGUGGCAAGUUCCACACUUUCCAUGGACUUCCUCCGGGAGAUUUUGAACCCCAGCCUUCUAUUGGCCUUAGUGACUUCAUGUUCGAGGAUGGGGAAGGGCAACAACAGAGUGAUGUCCAGAAACAUGGUGCCCAGGGCCUGGAAACAGACAUAAGGUUCCAGGAGGACCCACCGCCACCCACGACGCUAUCUCAGUGGAGAGGUAUCUUUGAGGCCAGCCAUGAUGAGCCAUGGAGUCCCUCACCUGCUGUGAACAUGGACAGUGUUGAUAAUGUCUGGAGCAGAGACUGGCGCCGCAGAGAUCAGUGGUCAGACCAGCUGCCCAUAACGCUCUUCCCUCCGUCCGAGUCCUUGGAGCAGGAAAACCCAUCCGUCAGUCUUCCAUUUGAAAGGUCUUUCAGACAGACGCAGUUGAGCAGACUGAGCCCUGACAAUUGGGUUUUCCCGAGAAUGAAACUUUAUUAGUUACGUUACCUCUGUGAAGAUGUAUCCAGCCCAGGCCACUGCGUGUUCCCAUAGGCACUAUAUAGACUGGUUGUUCUCCCAUAGCUCCACCUAAGCGUCCCAUGAAGGUCGGGUGCUGCUCCAUACCUCCACCUGGGCCGUGUACCCAGUAGCCAUUUCCUUUGGUCCAGCGAUAUAAGAGCUGCCCCCUUGGGGUGGCACGGCGGUAUUAAUGGUCUCUUUUUUGUUGGGUUCUGGUGACAUUAACAGUAUCCGUCUGGGUGGCCUGCAGCGAUAUUAUUAGAUAUGGCGUGGUAGUGAUGGUAGGAGCGAAGCGUUAUUAAAAAUAUCUUAAAUACA